CACACACCGCUGUCCUACUAAAAUGCUUAUUUUCGUCAGCCCCUAUCAAUAAGAUCACGAUUGUUGGAGGAAGUCUGGAAUGAAAGGAUUUUAAAAAGGAAAAUCCUAUAAAAAGCUGGACUGGCUUGUAAUCACAACAAAAACAAUUGGCCACACUGGAAGAUUCUGUCGCAGUAGCUGCACCUUGAGGCAGGAUGAUGAAACUGUUGCUGUUGUGCCUGGUGGUAGUCACCGUUGUGGCUGUCAGCAAGAGAUCUGAGAAGCGAGUUCCCCGAAACCUAGUCAGACGUGGUAAAACUUAAUUUGUGAUGGAACAGCGUUGACUUCAGUAUAAUGAUUGCUUUUAUUUCGCACCAGAUUUAAGUGAAAUCAAGUGAAAUGUCUAAUCUCUAAAAUGGGCAUGAAUAUUUCAUAGAACGAAAAAAGUAAUGAAUUUAAAUUAAGCCGGUCUAACCUAUAACAACCACAUGCUAUUAUUAUUGUUGCUAUAAAAAAACUUAUGCUACUGUAGCGGUUACACAUUUAUAUUAUUUUAUACCUCACAAGGUUUUAAACAUAUAUAAAUUUUAGUUCUUUGUUUAUUUAAAUUUUUAUCAACUUAUUUUCAAAAUGUCGUUCUGAAGCUUUAUAAUUGGUGGAAGUUAAAAUGUCGUUGAAAUAAAGUUGACUUUUUCGAAUCCUACCUGGCAGUCACGUGUAGCAACAAAGAGUUUCAGUGUAAGCUACCUGGCAAUUGUGUACCUGGCGACUUCCGGUGUGACACGGAGAAAGACUGUGACGACGGAUCUGAUGAAGCGGGAUGUCGUGAGUACUGUUCACGUCACGUGCUCACCCGUGGUCUCAACCCAAGUCCAACAUUCCCCUUGGCUCUACUCACAUACCCAACGGCUCUACCCACAUAUUUCCUGGCACUACCCACACAUUUCCUGGCACUGCACACAUACAUCCUAGCACUACCCACUUACAUCCUGGCACUACCCACAUACAGGACCAGGGAUGGGAGGAUGCUAGACGUUGAACAUAUUACAUGUUGCAUGGUCAUUGAUGUUACAUGCCCACGGUUGCAUGGUCAUUGAUGUUACAUGCCCACGGUUGAUCUGAUCUGUAUACGUGUAGUAGACUGACCGGGCCCUACCUACUGGUCACAACGGGACACAUUAUUCACGUCAUCCUAUCUACUAUUAUAAAGAAUAAGCGUGGGGCCCUGAAAGGCGUGUGUUCAUGGCAGCCCCCCCCCCGUUCGCCAACACAUGAUACCGGCCCUGCCAUGGCACCAUCCCCAUAUUUUCUGACAGUGCUAACACCCCUCUGGCCCUGACGCUAGCCUUCCAACACUCUGAUACUACCCACUACCCACGUACCCGUCACAAUACCAUUCUACUCCUAGCACUCACUCUGACACUAGCCACUACCCCCGUACCCGUCACAAUACCAUUCUACUCCUGGCACCAUCUUCCUACCCCACGGCUCCAGCUACCACAGCCUCGGAGCCGUUUUGAGGGAGGGGCAUGUUUGAUAAAUGAUAUCUCUUAAGAAAAUAUGAAGGCACAUCAGACUGCGGUGGAUUAUGUCAAUGUCACUAGACAUUUGUUCCUGUCAUUAUACAUGUGUUUCCUGUCAUUAUACAUUGGUUUCUUCAAAUAUCCACACAAGAUUCCAGCGAACUUCCCCCCCCCCGAUGUUUUCUAUUUUUAUCUGGGGGGUUUUUUUGGAAGGAGGGGGGGGGGUCUAAUUAUUGCGUUGGCGACGGAGGAAGUCGUUCAACCAAAACAUUGCUGUAUUAUGUUGUAAAUGUAACUCAGGCUGCAUAUGAAUGCCUGUAUACAGCUCUGCAACUGAUCUCACUGUAUUUCCUUGCCACAGCCACCGACUGCUCUCACCCCAACCAGUUUAAAUGUAAGAAUGGCCAGUGUGCGUCCAGGGACUUUGUCUGCGACGGCACCAACGACUGUGGUGACCUGACAGACGAACAGGAUUGUGGUACGUCUUUUAAAGUCCCCCGUUUAAAACAAAAAGAAGUACCAUUGCUUUAGAAUUAAUGAUGUGUUCGUUUAGAGAAAAAAACAAACAAACUGUAUUUAUGUUUGAAUAAGAUAUAUUGUCAAAAUGACUUGAGCGUAUGUCUGGUAUUGAGAUAGCCACAUCUGUGGUGCAGGGGGCCUCCGCGCUGGUCAUUGUCAUCAAAAAGUCUGUGUCACUCUUUAACGCUUUGUCUCUCUCUGUUCCUAAAAGCAGCCCUGGCAUUAUUUGAAAUAACGUAUAUAUUUCAUCCACUCACUGGGUCUAAAAAUAUUCUAUAGAGCACACAUUUUCUUUCGUUCAUGCAUUCAGUCAAAUUGAAGAAGUUUAAAGUAAAAAUUUGACCAUCCGUGCACGGGUAAAUGACUUUAUCUAACUAUUAAAAAUAUUACCUCACCAAUCCACCAUAUUUCAAUGCCUCUGACUGACAACCAUACAUAUUACCUCAACCAGUCCUCCAUAUUUCAAUGACUAUAUCUGACCACCAUACGAAUUACCUCAACAUUCCUCCACAUAUUUUAAUGUCUCUGUCUGACCGCCACACAUAUCACCCCACCCUUCCUCCAUAUUUCAAUGACUCUGUCUCACCACAUAUUAUUACCUCACAUGACAUUUCACAGAACACUUCGCUUGCCCCGAUGGUGAGCUCAAGUGUAGCAACUUCCUGUGCAUAGAGUCCUACUGGAAAUGUGAUGGCUACAACGAUUGUGGCAAUGGCUGGGACGAGCAGGGCUGUCAUACAAAAUAGUGCUCUGCGAUUGGUGUAAAUUGGUGACUUAGAUUGUGAUCGAAUGAAAUUGUUCUUGAAAUGUGAUUGGUUGAAAUAUAACUUGAAAUGGGACUGUUCAUAUUUGACUUGUAUUAAAAUGGAAUGGAAUGUUAAUUACACUCUUAUCACACGGUUAUGCAACAAUGUGUGAUAGUCAUGUGGAAUAUUUAAACAUUAAAAAAAUGUUUUUAUUCACAACUUUUGUUCAAUAUUUUUUUGUAAUUUAUGAUGUUUACCACAACUCACUAGUUAAAUUAAAUAAAUAUCAUUU